AUGGCGAUGGCGAUGAGGCCGCCGGCGCUGGUCGACGACGCCAUGCGCGAGGUCUUCACGCGCCUGCCGGCGGACGACCCCAGGAGCCUCGUCCGCGCCGCCGCCGUCUGCAGGAGCUGGCGCGGCAUCUUCUCCGACCCCGGCUUCGCCCGCGGCUACCGCGCGUUCCACGGGGCGCCGCCCAUGCUGGGCUUCCUCCACAACGCGUACCGCAACGGCAACCGCUUCGUCCCCACUUCGACCUUCCGCCGGCGGGCGUCCCAGGACCGCCCAGACUGCCAGGUCCUCGACUCCCGGCACGGCCUCGUCCUACUCUACGCCCCCGCGUACGAACUCCCCUUUGACGCCUGCGACCUCGUCGCCAACAAGUUGUGGGAGAUCGAGGCCUUCCCCAAGUGCCGCGGCACCAUGCACUGGGAGGACAUCUACGAGGGCGUGCUACACUGCAAUGCCACGGUGCUCUGCGCCAGAGACCGGUGCGACCACCUCGACUGCCAUGGCGGCGGCCCUUUCCUGGUGGCCUUGGUGGGCUCUGCGGAGGAAGGAGGCAUUGCCCUCGCCACUGCCUACUCGUCGGAGACUAGUGAGUGGAGCCGCAAGAUCUCUGUUCGGAGCCCGGGUUUGCAGAUCGACGACGGAGGGCACACUGCUGUGGUGGGAAACAAGGUCUAUGUCCCCAGCUAUGAGUGUGACAGUGUCGUGGAGUACGACAUUGCUGAGCAACAACUAUCUGUGAUCAACGUGCCAGAGAGCCUGGACGAGGCACACCUUGACCUCAUAGGCGCGGAGGACGGCAUGCUGCUGUUUGCGUCCGUGCUCAAGUCUAGACUCUAUCUAUGGUCAAUGGAGGCUGGUCCUAGAGGAGCCGCGGCAUGGGCGCGACGCAGGGUCGUCGAGCUCGAGCCGUUGCUCCCUCCCCAUGCCCUCUUGGACAUGUCGGAGUCGGACGUGUGGGCGGUUGGUUUCGCGGAAGGGGUUAGGGUCAUCUUCCUCAGAACACCGGCUGGGUUGUACGCAGUUGAUCUUAAUUCAGGCCGAGUCAACAAUGUGGGUAAAUAUAGCAUUGAGAAGGUCAUGCCCUACACGAGCUUCUGCACUCGAGGUACAAGCUAG